UAAAGAAAGAGAUGAGAUCAUAUACUGAAGAGAAAGACUGAGAGAAAGAGAGAAUGUCUGAUAAUAAUCAUCUGUGUCUGCUGGGACUGAUCUUUCUCUCUUCACUUCUCACAGGUGUCAGUGGAGUGGAUUAUGAUCAUGUGUUCAUCAGUUCUGGUGAAGAUGUCCAUCUGUCCUGUAAUAAUACUCUUCAGGACUGUACAUCAACUAUAUGGCUCUAUAAUAACAGAUUCAGUCAUUCAGCAGCAGUUGAACUGAUUGCUUUAGGAAUAAAGAAGAAAGACACAGAGAGACAUGAGAGACUGAGUCUGGGGUCUGACUGCUCUCUGAACAUCAGGAACAUCUCAACAGAAGAUUAUGGAUCUUACAUCUGCCAACAAUGGACUGGUGUGGGUGGAGAACGACUAAGACCUGAUGCUGGUGUUUAUCUGCAUGUUCUUCAUGGUAUUAUGAUUCAGAUAUUAUACUCAAUAUAAAUAUACUCCAGAUAUCAGAUAUCAUCCUCAUCAGAUCACUGUAUCAUCUCUCUGAAUAAAACACUCCUGAAUGAAGAUGACAACAGAGAGUGGAGAUGUGAAGUUACUCAGAGAGAUCAAGUCAAGGCCUCAGUCACAUUCACUGUCAAGAGUUCAGGUGAGAAAACAUCUCAUCAAUCAGUCUCUGUUAGAUUGAUUGUGAUUAUUGUUGAGUUUGCAGUGUUUGCUGCUCCUACUGUGAUUCUUCUUCAGAUCAUCUGUGCAAGAAGAGCUGAGAGGAAGGACUCGCAGCAGCCAGAGGAAAUAGAUAUUAAUACAAUAAUAGAAUAA